AUGACUCUCUUGAAGACACUCGCCCCCUGGGCGCUUCUCGCCACCUUGCCCUCUCUAUCCUGGGCACACACAUGGUCGGAAGAGCUCCAAGUCAUCGGCCCCAACGGCUCAUACAUUGGCGACCGUGGCUUCUGCCGCGGCUACAUCGCCCGCACCGAUCCUACGUUCGACGGAGAUGCCAACAUUCUCUGGCUGCUGCCCGCACUGGAUGCACGCAUGCCCGAUGAUACGGUCCGACUACGCAUCAACUCAUCCGACUACCUAUGCCAUCCCAGCCAACGCACAAGCAACUACACCAACCCACAAUACCCCAAGCUCAAGGUGUCGCCUGGUGGAUAUGUCGCGAUGAAAUAUCUGGAAAACGGACAUGUGACGCUGCCGUGGAACCAGCCGGGCAAGCCGUUGCAGGGAGGCACCGCCUUCGUCUACGGAACCACACAGCCUUCGACAACCGAGAAGAUCGCAAAUGUCUUGCAGUGGAACGCCAACGGUACUGGUGGAGAUGGUCGCGGUUGGCUCAUGACGGCACAGACAUUCGAUGACGGGCGAUGUCAUCAGAUCAACGAUUGCGUCAACUCCGCCAUUCGUCAAGUUCUCUACCCCAACAGAAUCCCCAACCAGCCUACCGCGCCGCCGCAAAACCAGUGGUGUGAGACGGAUUUGAAGAUCCCUGAUCACCAGCCCUACGGCGACCUGACCCUCUACUGGAUAUGGCAGUGGCCAACUGCACCAGACGUGGCAUGCACCUACCCUACCGGCAAAGACGAGUACUACACAUCCUGCAUCGACGUCGAGAUUGUC